CAAAACAAAGGUAAAAAAUGUAACAGAAAACAUUAUUGGUCUUUUUAGGUUGAGGGAACAAAUCAACGUAAAGAAAAGAUCUUUUUGUAGCAGGAAAUCUGAGUAGCACACGUUAAACUUCAGUAGAAAACCCCCCAGCGACUGAAAUGUAGAAUUACGGACGUGCCCUGAACGCACCACCCUCCGGUGCGCACACCUCCGCUCACCUCGCGCUGAAACCGUGACGACAAUGAGGUCAAAGUCAUUCGAUACACUGGCAGAAAGGACAGCGGCUUUGCCCCCGAACCCGAAUCGAUUGGUUAAAGUUCACAGUUACUGUCCGUUUUUUAGUUUUUCUUUUAAAGCUAAGCAGCGCGCGCUAGCGUUGGACCCACCUGACCAAAAACCCCAAUUCAAUUCCGCGAGCGCUUCUGCCAGCGCCGAGGACCCGGAUGGCUAAACUAGCAGGAAGCGCCGGCGUGCCGGUGCUCGGGGACAAGUCGCUGGACUUCUACCGGGACCCGGUGGGUUUCUGCCAGCAGAAGAUCGACAAACACCGGGGGAGAGUGUUUCAGUGCCGCGUGCUGAACAGAGCGACCGUCUUCGUCUGCUCCGUGCGCGCGAUGAGGGAGCUGCUGUGCGAGAAGUCCAACACUUUUCAGAAGGAUCCAACUGACUUGAUGACCAACAUGUAUGGCGACACCGUUGUCACCACGAACGGUGAGGAGGCGUAUCUUCUUCGUCUGUCACUCACCACCUUGUUCACAGGAAGUUGUUUGAAGUCCUCCAACGAUUACAUCACCAGUGUGUGUGAGCGCCACCUGAAGGACCUCUCUCUCAGUGGGCGGCCUCCGUGUUUGUACUCCGCCUUCAAGCGUCUGGGGACGGAGUUGGUGCUGGGCCUUUUCCUCAACGUGCGAGCAGAAGAGCAACCCCAACUCUUCCAAGAAAUCGUGCAGCUCUGCACGCAGCACUGGCAUGGUCUGAUCUCCGCUCCGGUCAAUGUGAAAGUUCCUCUGUGGUCGUCGGGCUUCUCCAACGCUCUGGACGCCAGAGACAGACUGAUGGACAUCAUCAAAGACAAACUGAAGAAUGACACACAGGGCUUCGUCGGCUCCCUCGGCUCUUUGCCGCUGCCUGACUCCAGUUCUGCCUCCCAGCAUCUGCUGCUGUUCAUCUCAGCUCUGAUCCCCAAAGCUCUGGCUUCGCUGCUCACCUCCUUCACGCUGGCGCUCAGUGGAAACGAACAGCACCGUCGGCGAGCUGCAGAAGAUCCCGACUACCUACGCAGAGUACUGCUGGAGGUUCAGAGACUGUGGCCUCCUUUCAUUGGUGGACGCAGAAUAGCUGAUGAGGACUCCACGUUAGCAGGAUUUCAUGUCCCAAAGGAUUAUGGGGUCAUCUAUAUCAGCCAUUCUGUCCACCGCGACCCAGAGGUGUUUGAGCAGCCAGACCACUUCCUGCCAGAGAGAUGGAGCGGAAGAGAGCGGGUCCUCUUCCUCGAAGCCCGCCAUGUUGACCACGUUGACCACGUUGACCACGUUGACCAUGUGGACCAUGUGGACCAUGUGGACCAUGUGGACCAUGUGGACCAUAUUGGCCAUGUUGCACAUGUUGCACAUGUGGACCAUGUGGACCAUGUUGCACAUGUUUCUACAAUAGCCCUGAAUGGACCAACUGAACACUGGUCCUAGAAAGGUGCCUUUUUGACAAACAACUCUGUAGCAAUCUCAACUCAUCUCAAGUGUGUAUUCUUUACAAAGAGCAAUUGCUUCCGUUGAGUGCUGCCACUUUUCUUAGAUAAUCAACAAUCACAACAGUAGCAAGAGGAGACAAUUUCUCCACAAACAGGUGCAGAAAAUAGACCCCAAAACUGUCACGAAAUGAGGAUUUUCAAGUAAGUGGUACAACUUACAAAAUUGGAGACAAAUCUGCAGAAUGAAAACCAUUCAUUAACAGGUUAUAAUGAUCUGAUGAAAUCGUUUAUUGACAGCUAUUGUUUUUUCGAAGAAUUUUGUCAUGUACAUCUCUGGGAACUGAACCUGUUACAUUUCUGUGUCCAUAUUAGUGGAUGGUCCUAAAAGGUUGAGAAAAGAGUCGGGUCAUCCUCUGCCACACGCACACACACACAAACACACUGACCAUUAGGCGGAGGAAGGUGGAGGAAGGCGAAGGAGGCGCUCAGUGGUUUAACACAUUGAUGCCAAAUGCAUAACUUUUUAAAAGAAAACUAAUGGGUGAUGGAAUCAUUUCUAUUAAUGGAUGGAGGAACAAGUGGUAAUGGACAGAUUUUUGUUGUUUGCAUGAUUUCUGUAGAUGGUACUGGUGAAGAAAUUAGGAAAAUAAGGUGCUGGCAACUGUGACUUGUCUGAAAUUAUACCACAGGAAAAUGAACUGGUACUGCAGGUUUAUAUUAAACUCCAUGUAACCAUAGCAACAGCACAGGGAGCUCUACUUAAUUUCAAAGGUCUACAGUUAUAGCUUAAGUGGAGAGGUAACAUUGCACAAAUUGGUUGUUACAUAUAAAAAAAUAUUUAGUCACAACUAAUCCCAGAUUAACAGCGUAACUGUUGCAUAGUUACAUUAACCUUAAUCAAAAAACUGUUAUUGAAACAUUUUUAAAACAUUAAUUCCAUGCACAAAGGUGGGGCACCAUUGGCACAGUAAUUGUCCUUUUUUUAAAAAGUAAGCAAUUUCGUCAUAAGAAAUCCUUCCACACAAAGCUGCCUACUUAUAUAUUCUGUCUAGGAGUCUUUUCUUCAGCCUGCUUUGUAAGUCUAUAUUGGGAAUCCCGCUGGUUGGUGUGGCUGUACAUGGUCUCCGCCUGCUACCUGCUCUGUUAGAAUGUAACCGGAUCAUACGUCCUUCACCAAUUCACUCACUUUCAUUCAUCCACUUCCCCCGUUCACCUGUUUGUUCUCAUUCACGAUUGUUCAUUCAGACGACCGAGCAAAGGGUGAAUGGGGGGGAGGGUGGAGGAGAUCUAUGAAUGAAUGUAUGUAUGUAUGUAGGGAGCUGCUACCAUGGAAACCAGUCAUCUGACACUGUCUUUACCAAUAGGGAUUCCCUGCGCGUGUGUGUGUGUGUGCAGGGUGGGGGAUGAUGCCCUGUGGAGCGAGACGGUGUACAGAAUAUGAGUCAGAAAAGAUUCUAUUCUUCUUGUUUUCGAAUAUGUGUGUGUGUGUUUCUCAGAACAAAAACAGCGUGAUUACUUUAAAAGGAAAUCUAUUUGCGUGUGGGGCCUCCCCCCCCCACACACACACACACCUCAAUGUCUCAGUAUAUUUUAUGUGGUUGUGAGGAUUUAGCCGUGCAUACCAGUAAACCACUGGCUGACCCAUUUUAUUUAAUUAACGGUAAGGCUAUAAUUUAAUUCAACGCAAUCUCUAGUCAAAACCAUAAAUUUACUAAACCAAAUACUAUUAUAUAUGACCUUUCCCACAAUGCCGAAAGGCUAAACUAACGAUUCUUGUAACAAUGUGAUGAUCUGCUUGUGCAUAACCCAUUAUUCACUAAGUGGUGGGUGACCGUAGAAGCAGCGGAACACUUGAUGGAUAAAUAGACAGGUGACUGUUGCCAUGGUAACUGGGGGGGGGGAUUCCCUGUGUGCUCUUUUGGGGGAGCGUGUGUGAGCUCUGGAGGAUGAGAUGGGGUUGAGGAAUAAGUCAUAGAUUUUCCUUGGAUAGAUUAAACUACAAACAAAAACGUCGAAUAACGAUCAUCAAAAAAAAAAGGUUUUGUCUGAAAUUUAUUUCACUAUACGAUAGAAAAGACUCUUGUGAUUAUUCAGAUCUGUAGCUCAUCCGUCUUUGUUGUAGACGUCUCUGUAAUCCACAAUCAACUGCCUGAGUACUGUGGUUUAUUUUGAGUUCAUCCCCAUCAGAUUGUCUCACUACUGCACCCAAUUCAUCAGCUAAAAACGAUCCCCCAGCCGAAAUGCUAUUUAAUAAUGUUGGUGUUGUUGACUAAAAACUAGGUUUUCGAAAAGCGUUUGGCCUUUUUUUCUUAAUGAAACCACAUACUGUAUUUGUGACCCGAUUGACUUGGUGCUGAGGGGUAAGUGCAGGUGUUGUACGUGAUCUAGGUUUGUGUGUGUCUAAAUUGCUGCUCAAACUAGUGAGUUUCCCUCAGGAUGUAACUAUUUUAGUCCCCCUGUGUGUUUACUGUAUUUACCCUUCCAACCGUCAAUUUAUCAUCCGGUCUGUUCCUCUCUCCUCCUGCCUGUCUUUUCUUCUGCUUCUGUCAGUCUUCCUGGAGACCACUUUCCUGUCUGCCUCGAUAGUUGCCUGGGCUCCUUUCCUUGCCACCUGGCCGUGUAAUUUAAUGAUCCUGCCCACCUACAGUAACUACAGCCUAACCACAUCAUCUCUGUGUGUGUGUGUGUGUGUGUGUGUGUGUG